AUGGGCACGCCGUCUGUCAAUCCGAGGAAGAAAGUCACCCUGGGCACAUUGCGCUCCAUGCACAAGAAGGGUGAGCCCAUCACCGUCAUCACCGCGCAUGACUUCCCCUCGGCAUAUGUCGCCGACGCCGCCGGCAUGGACAUGGUCCUCGUCGGCGACAGCCUGGCCAUGGUUGCCCUGGGCAUGGAAGACACGAGUGAGGUCACAGUAGAGGAGAUGCUGCUGCACUGCCGGUCUGUAGCAAGAGCCACCAAGGCUGCCUUCACAAUUGGUGACCUACCUAUGGGUUCAUAUGAGAUCUCACCUGAGCAGGCCCUAGAGACUGCGAUCAAGUACAUUAAGUACGGUCGCGUGCAAGGCAUCAAGCUCGAGGGCGGCAAGGAGAUGGCGCCCACGAUUAAGAAAAUCACCUCUGCUGGUAUUCCUGUCCUGGGCCAUGUCGGCCUCACGCCCCAGCGCCAAAACGCGCUUGGAGGCUUCAGAGUACAGGGAAAGACCGCUAGAGGUGCCUCCAAGGUCCUCGACGAUGCACUAGCCGUUCAAGAAGCAGGUUGCUUCGCCGUCGUGCUGGAGGCAGUGCCGGCAGAGGUUGCCAGCAUCAUUACCGAGAAGCUUUCGAUCCCCACGAUAGGCAUCGGAGCCGGCAACGGCUGCUCGGGCCAAGUGCUGGUGCAGAUCGAUAUGACUGGCAACUUCCCGCCAGGAAGGUUCCUGCCAAAGUUUGUCAAGAAGUACGGCGAUGUGUGGUCCGAGAGCUUCAAAGCCUUGGGAGCGUACCGGGAUGAGGUGAAGAGUCGACAAUACCCAGCCCCGGAGCACACCUAUCCCAUGCCGAAAGAGGAGCUGGAGGCCUUUGCGGACUUCGAGCAUAGUCGCGGAUAA